CUGGAAGAAAGAGGAGGGGCUAAGGAGCAAGAAGAAGAUAAGGCUAAAGGAACGUAAACGCGGGAGAUUAAAGUAGAGGGGGAGUUUAAAAAAAUGUCAGCUAUGGCAUCCAUAUGGAAGUAGUGUUCUCACUGACUGAUUUUCUGGAGUUAUAACCAUUUGGCUGUUAUUCAGCCAUGUUUGCCUGACACCUGGAUUAGCAGGCUGAUUCAAAGACUGUUCUGCUAGCCUUGCAGUUUCUGCCUUGAACAGUCUUGCGGCACUGACAAUUUUGAGGUUACAACUAAACAUGCCAAAUUGCAUUGUAAAGGGAUGUCCUCACAGAACAGGCCAAAAAUUAAAACACCCGGAUGUUACCCUUCAUGCCUUUCGACAUAAUUUACAUCAAAUAAAGAAAUGGCUAAUGCAAACAGGACAAUAUGGUCAUGAUCUUGAUUUAGUGGCAGACAAAAUUUUAAGGGGAACUAAAAAUUCAAAUUUUAGAAUGUGCUCUACCCACUUCUCAGAACACUUUUAUACAUAUAAAGGAUCAAAGAGGAUACUAAAGCCAAAUGCAGUCCCAACAAUUUUCCUUACUUCUCCAGUACCUUCAAUAAUAAGAGCUCAGAGUUGUGGUUCUUCAGAUCCUGCUGCAAAGAGAGUGAGAGUAGAUGAUCCAUCAACAUUCACAGUUGUACGUGUAGUUUCAAGACUUAUCACUAUCGGGACACAAACUAAUGACAGAAAAAGUCGAACUGAUGCGGGUACAUUGACAACGAAAAUGUCUGUCAAUCAGGACAUUGCAACACAAACCGAACCUCCGUGUAAAAUGGAAAUCGGCAUACAAACCGGUGAUGAUUCAAUAGAGGCAGAACCUUGGAAGGUCGAGAAAGAUCAUUCAUAUCCAGUUUGUUUUGUUGAUCCCUAUAAAAGUGUGGAUCCUCUUGAAAAUAUAUCAAGUGUUUCAGAAAGUAAAAAGUCACUUUCUUCAAAAGAAUAUUUACCUACUGUUCAUACACUAGAAGGGGAAUCUUCACCAAGCCUGACAAAUUCACCAGAGGGCAUCUCAACAGAUCAAAACAUUCUUAAUCUAACUACUGAAAGUCUAAAGCAGUCUGCCAUACACAAACAUUGUGGCUAUGUAAGACACAGAAAAUUUAUCAUCUUCGAGGAGAACCUUGAUAGUCUACUGUAUCUUAUUAAAUGCCAGCAUCAGCAAACACAGCCGUGUCAAGCACCUAUCAUAGAUAUUCAAAAAUCCAUUGAUGGAAGCAUGGUUCAAGUAAAGCUUGUAUGCCUGGAUGGUCAUGACUCGCUUAUAUGGAACUCACAGCCGUUAUCUGGUGAUAUUCCUGUUGGAAAUGUUUUAUUAGCCAACUGUGUUCUUCUCUGUGGUUCUUCAUUUCAGAAAGUUAAAACAAUGUUGAAUUUAUUAGGUAUCCCGUCUUUUUCACUUUCUACCUAUUAUAAAUACCAAAUGUCAUAUCUUUUUCCAGCAAUUGAUCUACGCUGGCGCCAGGAGCAAGAGUAUAAUAAAAAGGAAUUGUCUGGAAAAUCAGUUGCUGUAGCUGGAGACUGCCAGUUUGAUACUCCUGGCCAGGCAGCUAAAUACUGCACGUACACCAUGAUGGAUGUAGUGUCCAAAAAAAUUCUUUCCUUUACUAUUGACCAACUUGGAAGAGGAAAAACCUCUGCUGAGGUGGAAAAGGCUACAUUCGAGACAUGCUUAGACAAUCUGUUAGAUGAACAUGUAGAUGUCAAGAUCAUUGCUACAGGCCAUCAUGACGAUAUCGGAAAACUCAUGGAAACAAAAUACUGUAGAAUUGACCACCAGCUUGAUGUGUGGAGUCUAUGUAAAAGUCUGGCAAAAAAACUCAUUGUGGCAAGUAAGAAAAGGCACUGUCGUGACAUCUACAAGUGGAUCUCUGCAAUAACAAAUCAUCUCUGGUGGUGUGCGCAGACCUGUAACCAAGAUGUUGACGUUUUGCUCGAUAAAUGGAAAUCUGUUAUGUUCCAUUUAUCAAAUAAGCACAGUUUCCAUUCCUUGGAAAAUUACAAAAAAUGCCAACACAAGAGAAUUCCUGCUGUGAAAGCGCGCAGGUUUGCAUGGAUUACAUCUGAACAUCCUGCAUAUGCUCCCCUGUCUAAAAUUAUUAAUGACAAAGCCUUGCUCAGAGACAUUUCAAAAAUAGAAAAAUUUUGCCACACAAGAGACCUAGAGAGCUUUCGCAGUAACGUCCUCAAAUACAAAUCUAAACGAUUGUCGCUUAAUAUGGACUCAAUGUAUGCAGAUACAAUUCUGGCUGCUCUUUCACAAAACAGAAAUGUGAGUAGAGAAGAAGCAAAGCUAAACUGCCCACAAAACUCGCCUUUGCCUUUUGGAGAAAAACACUAUAAAGUCAGUUUCUGCAAGCAGAAUAACAGGGUUGAAGAUGAUGUGGUUGAUGAUCAUUUGCUUGAUAUAAUGUCAAACUCACUGAAAAUUCUGAAUGGAGAGCUGGUUAAUCAGUGGUCCUCAAGGUCAAGAAUACUCCGCUAAGUUAAAAAUAUUUUCUACAAACACUUUUUUUUUUUUUUUUUUACAUUAACAGAUCUUAUGCUGCAGAACAAUAUAUACAUUUUUUCCUAGAUAGCAGGGAAUUUUUUUUUCCUUAAAUAUUGUAUAAGCCAAGGUUUAUGGUUAAAAGCAAUUCAAAAAUGUUACUUGUUUAAAGCUGUUUAAAUCCUUAUAUAUACAGGUAUGGGAUCCGUUAUCCAGAAAGUUCCGAAUUACGAGAAGGCCAUCUCCCAUAGACCAUUAUAAUUGAAUAAUUCUGAUUUUUAAAAAUGAUUUCCUUUUUCUCUAAUAAUAAAACAGUACCUUGUACUUGAUCCCAAAUAAGAUAUAAUUAAUCCUUAUUGGAAGCAAAACAAUCCUUUUGGGUUUAUUUAAUGUUUAAAUAGUCUGUUAGUAGACUUAAAGUGUGGAGAUCCAAAUUACGGAAAGAUCCCUUAUCCAUAAAACCCCAGGUCCCGAGCAUUCUGGAUAAUGGGUCCCAUACCUGUACUUACAUUUUGCUCAUUGAAGCCAGAUACAAAUGUGUUCAAACUUUGAAAUCUUCAAAGAUAUUUGGCUAAAUAUUUUUUUUCUUUAUAUUUAGCAUCACACAUACAUAAAAAAAAGGUAUGCAUGCAAUAUGUAAAUGUAAACCUAUUUACUAUGGAAAUGACAAAUAUUGCUGGCUCAGUGAAUUAAGGGAGGGCAUAAUAUCACUUCUCUAACUGAAUUGGAAGUUUUCCAUGUUAAAUUUAACAUUAAAAUAUAUAUUUCUUAUUUA